AUGGCGGACAGCGAGUAUGCACCCUUGUUCGCCCCAUUCUUCUCCUUUGCCGGUAUUGCAUCCGCAAUGGUCUUUGGAGCUGGCGGAGCAGCUUAUGGCACAGCCAAGUCUGGCAUCGGUAUUGCAGGUGUCGGCACAUUCCGUCCGGACCUGAUCAUGAAGGUCGGUCUUCCCAGAUGGCGUGGCAUCGGGUGCAUGAAGGCCUCGAGAACGUCCUCGGCGCGCUGCAUGGAAAUGCUAAUGUGGUUGCUUUUACAGUCGCUCAUCCCCGUCGUCAUGUCCGGUAUCAUUGCAGUUUACGGUCUCGUCAUCUCGGUCCUCAUCGUCGGAGAUAUCAGACCUGACCAACAGCAGAGCUUGUACAAGGGCGCCAUGCAUCUUGCGGCGGGCUUGUCUGUGGGUCUCUCCGGUCUUGCUGCCGGCUAUACUAUUGGGAUUGUUGGCGACGCGGGCGUCCGCGCGUACAUGCAGCAGUCACGAGUAUACGUCGGGAUGAUUCUGAUUCUGAUUUUCGGCGAAGUUCUGGGUCUUUAUGGUCUGAUUGUCGGGUUGAUUUUGAACUCCAAGUCGUGA